AUGUUGAUCUUAUAUUUCAAACAAUUAUGGUUGAUAACUAUAUUUUUAACAAUAUUUUCAUUUGAAGAAUAUCGAGCUCAAACUAUUUGUCCAAACAUGACUUGGUCACCUGAUGGAAUAACAAUUGCUGGCUCAUCUUUAGGCUUAUCAAACAACACUGCUGCAUAUCUUAACAAGCCGCAAGACACAUUCGUUGAUCAGAAUGGCACUCUCUAUGUCCUAGACACUGGAAAUUUUCGCGUGCAACGUUUUCUUCCCAAUUCGACUAUUGGAACAACAAUCAUCAAUGCCACUUCUGGUUCUAAGCUGAAUCAAUUCUAUGAGAUGAACGGUAUUAGUGUAGAUCUUAGUGGUAAUAUUUAUAUUCUUGAUCAUGUAAAUGCACGUGUGACUAAAUGGAUACCUGAUUCAACUACUGGAAUAGUCGUUGCUAGUAGUAAUGGACAUGGUAAUCGAAGUGAUCAAUUACAUCUUCCUUACGGAUUCUUUGUUGAUCCAAUUACAUUAUUUAUUUGGAUUGCUGAUACAUUUAAUAGUCGGAUCGUUCGAUGGGAAUCUCCAUCAACAGGUAUUAUUGUUUGUGGAAGUAAUGGAGUAAGAUCGGACCAAUUCGACUUGCCAUUCGGAUUAUUUGUUGAUACAGUUAAUUCGAACACGGUUUAUGUUGCAGAUACAUUUAAUCAUCGAAUUCAAAUGUGGUUACAAGGAGCAACUAAUGGCACAACAGUGGCUGGCCAAACAGGCGUUUGUGGUUCAGGACUUAGUCAAUUAUGUGAUCCAAGGUCAGUCAUUGUAGACAAAAAUGGGAAUAUAUAUAUUGCAGAUUCUUUGAACUCUCGUAUUAUACGAUGGAACAUAGGAUCAACUUCUGGUACGAUGAUAGCUGGAACCUUUUCAGAUGGAACGUUGCCAAAUCAAUUGAAUGUUCCAUACAGUGUUAAAUUUGAUACAAAUGGCGCCCUUAUUGUUGCUGAUACUUUUAAUAAUCGUGUUCAAAAAUUCGUCGGUUCUUGUGCAAAGACUACUACGAUUAGUAGUACGUCUACAACCAGUACCUCGACAAGUACUCCCAGCACAUCAUCAGCAACAACGAGUAUAACAACUAGUACUACUUACACAACAGUCAGUGCAACAACCGCUACUACUGGUACAACCUCGACAACUACAACAGUGACAACCAGUACUACUAGUACAAGCACGACAGCAACAACAGGUACUACAAGUUCAACCUCUACUAGUAUGACGGUGACAGUAAGCACUACAAGUACAACGUCAACAACUACGACAGUAAAAACUAGCACCACUAGUACAAUCUCCACUAGUACUACAACGACAACAACUACUACAAGCACGUCGGCUACAACCAGUACUAGUAUUACAAGUUUGACAAGUACUACUACAACAACAACUAGUACUACCAGUACAAUUUCGACAACGACGACGACAAAUACCAGUACAUCAAAUUCGAAUAGUUCCACAAGUAGUACUUCUACGAGUACUAGUAGCACAUCAACUACAACAAGUGUUAUAACAAGUACAACAUCGACAGCAAUGACCGUAACAGCAAGCAUAAGUUUAACUUCAAGUACUACUUCAACUAGUACUUCCACUAGUAGUAGUUCAAGCUCAACAACAACAACAACAACAGUUUUAGCAACAACAACUUGUUUACCAGUAUGUUUGCAUUGGGAUUGUUGGAUAAAUGUAACAGCAACUAUAAAUCCAAAUACUACUACACAAACAACAACAGAGUCAUCAUAUGAUAUUCAGCUAUUAUCAUUAACCAGUUCUAUUCAAGAUCUUCAAGAUGAAAACUAUCGUUUGAAAUUAUGUUUAGGUUUAGGUUUAGGAUUUGGCGUAUUGAUAACAGGCUCAGCGGCUGUUGGUACCUAUAUUUAUCUUUCACGACGUGUUACGCAAUUGCAAAAUGCUAUUUAA